AUGGACGACUUCUUCACCCCAGUCAGCACCACCUACCUCACCAGUAGCAAGGAAAAUGCCCAACCAGUCGCGCAUGGACAAACAGCGCCAAAGAAAAGUAACGCCGGAGCUGUCAUCACGAGCUUGGAUGAGGCUGUGGAGCUUCUCAAAAGUCAGCCGGAUUACCACUCUCUGAUAUCUUCGCUCCAAUUCCUAUGCGACAACUCCGACACCAUCACAGCCAAGCCGAGUCCGCAAUCCGCUGCUGUUAUCCAUCUUCUCGUUACCGAAAUUACUCCAAAUUACUGGACUCUUCUAUUGGAAUCUUCAGCAUCCUCCUCCGACGGUUCCAUCUCAGAGGAUAACGACGCUAGUCUCUUAUUGCGCUCUCUAAGCAACGUCGCUGGGCUCAAUGCCACCGUCGCUCACAUCAACUCCCUCUUGGUCGAAUCUCGCCAAAGGAAAAAAGAUGUCUCAUCGCAAGACAUUCAUCUCCAUCUUCAAACAUUCCUCGAUGUGACAGCAUCGCUUCUCAGAAGGCCCGGCGCUAUCCGUCAGAUAUGGACCGAGUCGGUACUAGGACUGCCCGACGCCGCAAUGAGAAAAUUGCAAUCACAAACUCUGAAUAGCUUGCUGGCGAGUAGCCGCGUUUUGUCGACUGCAUCGGAGGCGUCUUCAGUAAUAGGAGUCGACAGGCUCAAAACUACAUCCAAGUUCAUCACCGAUGGCGCAGAAUACGUCAAAUGGAUUGCCACCAACAUCGCCUCCUGGGCACAGGUGGCUUCUACAGAUCUGGAACUCCGAUCCUGCUAUGAUAUCCUACAAAGAUCCAUGUCCCUAGGAUACCAAAAGACCCUCGUCCAAUUUUUGAUAGAUGAGCUUCUACUCCGAUCCGACUCGAAUCCUGCUACCUUCGCGCAGGUUUGCUUCGCACAGCCUGCAACAUUCAAGAAAGUCAUGCAAAUACUACUCGACUAUCUAGCGCAUAAAUUUUUGAACUCCGUCACUAUCUACGAUGAGUCAGACAACAAAAAAGUUGCCUCUGUGGCCGGCAUUAUAAAUACGCUUAUCGAAGACGAUCCCGCAGGAAAGUCAUUCUUGAUUUCCUGGUGUACAUCAUCGUCUGGCGCCGGCUUAGGCGAUGGCAUCGGUAUUCGCCGUGCUGUGCUGGCAUCUCUUGCAGCAGACAAAGAUGCCAUCACCGCAGUGCUCGAGAAGAGUCUCAAUCAAUUUGGUGAUCAGCUAUACAUCAAACACAUGGCGAUUCUACAGCAAGAGGUACACGCUCAAAUCCUUUUGCUUAGCGCAGGAUACGUGUUCAGGCUCUCACCAAUAAGCCUGACUAUGCUUGUCAAAUCUGGUACUUAUAUGAACAGUAUUUCGAAUCGUAUUGCAUCCACACAAGAGAGGACUCGACUUCUUGGCAUGGUCGUUGGAGAGGCUCUGUCUUCCCUCGUUUACAAGGACAAGACCAGGCUCAACUUUCACAUGGACGAGAUGGAGACGGAAGAAAUAGAGUCUCUCAAAUCUCUGAUUAACGUCUCAGAUUCCAUUGGCCCUUUUGAUGACUUGCGCGAAGCUUCUCAAACCAUGACAACUGGCUUAUCCUCUUCUCCGCCUCAGAAGCAAAAGUCGAAGCCUAUUAAGAAGAAACCAGUAGCAAAAGCCCCCACAGCUACAAGUCUACCAAGAGCAAUUAUUGAAGAGCUAAACUCCUCCUCCGACGAGGAUGACGGCUUGGUGCCGUACGCCAAGGGUUCCGAUCCCGAAGAUUCCGAAGACGACGCGGAACUUGUACAACGCAACAAGGUUAAGGCGCCUGUAUAUAUUCGCGACCUCAUCUCCUACUUGAGAGAUGUUGAGGAUUAUGAUAAACAAAAGUUGGCACUUCAAACAGCGCCGACGCUGAUUCGACGCAAGGCAAACUACGGCACAGAAGUUAAGGAUCACGCCGAGGAAUUGGCAGGCAUCCUCGUCGGCCUGCAAGACAAAUUCGAGCUUAAAGGCUUCAGCGAAACACAGCUAGAAGGAAUGGUUGCUCUCAUGGUCGCCCAGCCUCGGAGUAUGACGCCCUGGUUUACGAGAACUUUCUUCGACGGCGAUUACAGCCUGUCACAACGAACAGCCAUCCUGAUCUCCAUCGGCCUAGCUUCCAGGGAGGUAGCUGGGUUCGACACGGGGACCUUUAAGGCUUCCGCCGACUUUCCGUCGAAGCAGCUACCGGAGAAGAUUCAGCAACUGUAUCUGGACGCCAAUCCAGACCAGGAAGCUUCCUCCAGCGGCAGUCACCUCAAGGCGCUACCGCCCAACGCCAUCGAGGCCAUGUCGCAGGCCCUCACGGCCGACUUCCUCGCACCUCUCGCCGCCACGGCCGCCGACGCGGCCACCGGCCCAGACGUACUCAAGCUUCAGAGCUUCACCGCACGACACAAGCGCAAGACGAACGCCGCCGUCGCCGCCCGUCCGCGCGUGCGCGCCGUCCCCAACACCGCCGCUGCCCUGAUCGCGCAGUCCUUCUUUGCGCCACUUACAGCACACCUACAGGCUGCCCUCGGCGCCGCCGCUUCGCGCCGCCGCGCCGUCGUCCUCCAGCCGGCCCUGCUCGCGCUGUACCUGCAGACGCUCGGCAUCGUCGUCGGCGCCGCCGGUGGACCCGCGACGCUGGCCUUGCCGCAGAUGACGGCCGAGCUCUGGACCCUGCUCCUCGGCGUCCGCGUGCACGCGCUCGAGAGCCUCGGCGCGCUCCGCGGCUGGCUCAUCGCGCUGGCGGCCCUGCUGCAGGUCAAUGACGAUGGUGGCGGGGUGGGUGGCAGCGGCAUGCGCCGGCUGUGCGAAGACCACGGCAGAGACAUGUUUGAGACGCGCGAAUGGGUCGCGGGCGUGUUUGAGCGGAUCCGCGGGGACGACGCGGCCGGCGAGGAGAACGACGUCAAGAUGCUGGCGGCCGGCGUGCUCAUCAAGCUGGGCGAGGCGGUGGAGCGGUAUCAGGCGCUGCUGAUGGGCGACAUGGCGAGUUUUUCAUGA